GUAGCAACAACCUUCCCAACAAAGUGCAAGUUUGGGAGGAACAAAGUUUGGGUUUCCAAAGAAUAGAGAAGUGGUGUAAAGUGAGGGUUUGAAUCAAUCAAUGGGGGAUUUACCUAUAGUACGAUUUGAGGAGAAAAUCGUAGAAACAGUGAAGGAAAACCCAGUAGUAGUUGUUAUUGGUGAGACUGGUUCUGGUAAAAGUACACAACUUCCACAAAUACUUUACCGAAGGGGUUAUGCUAAAUCUGGAAUCAUCGCUGUUACUCAGCCUCGUCGUGUUGCUGCUGUUUCUGUUUCUAGACGAGUUGCACAAGAGCAAAAUGUUCGAAUUGGAGAGGAAGUCGGAUAUGCCAUAAGAUUUGAAGAUAGAACUUCGGAAAAAACACGUAUCAAGUAUCUUACUGAUGGAGUGCUCCUUCGUGAGAGUCUUUUCAAUCCGGAGCUGAAUCAGUAUUCCGUCAUCAUAUUGGAUGAAGCACAUGAGAGGAGUUUGAACACGGAUAUAUUGCUAGGUCUAAUGAAAAGAUUAAUCAAAUGGCGUCACUCAAACUUGAAAGUCUUGAUCACGUCAGCAACUCUUGAUGGUGGAAAGGUAUCUAGGUUCUUCUCUGACUGCCCCGUCCUUACUGUACCAGGAGAGUUAUUUCCCGUGGAAAUAGUACACAUCUCAGAGCCUCCUAAAAGCUAUGUCGAAGCUUCUUUAAGAAAAGCUAUUGAUAUUCACGUACGGGAGCCAGAAGGGGACAUUUUAAUAUUUUUGACAGGGCAGGAUGACAUAGAGAAGUUGGUACUGAAGUUGGAGGAGAGAGUUCAAAGUUUAGAAGAAGGUUCUUGUAUGGAUGCCUUAAUCCUUCCUCUUCAUGGAUCCUUACCACCUGAGAUGCAGGUGCGUGUUUUCAGUCCUCCACCUCCAAAUUGUAGGCGGUUUAUUGUUUCUACAAAUAUUGCUGAAACUUCCUUGACUGUUGACGGUGUUGUGUAUGUUAUUGACUCUGGGUAUGUGAAGCAGCGACAGUAUAACCCAUCCACUGGCAUGUACUCGUUAGAGGUUGUUCAGAUUAGCAAGGUGCAGGCAAAGCAGCGUGCAGGACGUGCUGGAAGAACACGUCCUGGAAAAUGUUAUCGUUUAUAUCCCUCUACAGUUUACCAUGAUGACUUUUUGGAUGCAACGGUUCCUGAAAUACAAAGGUCUUCACUGGCUGGAACUGUACUUUAUUUGAAGUCCUUAGAUCUUGCCGAUAUGGAUAUUCUCAAAUUUGAUUUUCUCGACUCUCCUUCCGUCGAAUCUUUAGAGGAUGCCUUAAAGCAAUUAUAUUUAGUUGAUGCACUUGAUGAAAAUGGUUCAAUCACAAGUCUUGGACGAAAGAUGGCUGAGCUUCCACUGGAACCUUCUCUUUCGAGGACCUUAUUAGAGGCAAAUGAGUUGGAUUGCUUGUCCCAAGCAUUGACUGUUGUUUCCAUGCUGUCUGCUGAGACCACAUUGCUUCCUCCCCCAAGUAAGAGCUCUGAGAAGAAGAGGAGGCACACUCCUUCGAACCUUCCUGAUGGUUUUGGCUUGGGUGAUCACAUCCAGCUACUCCAAAUUUAUGAGCAAUGGUACCAGACCGACUACAACAUAGACUGGUGUAAAGAAAACAACUUACAGGUCCGCGGGAUGGUGUUUGUGAGAGAUGUCAGGAAACAGUUAUCUCAAAUAAUGCAAAAAAUCACUAAAGGCUCAUUAGAUGUUCAAACAAGCAAUAGACGGAGAGGCGGCCAACAGGAGUACAAAAAUUUGAGGAAAGCACUGUGCAUUGGCUACGCAAAUCAGCUUGCUGAACGAAUGAUUCGACAUAACGGGUAUCGGCCUCUUGGUUUCAAGUCUGAACUCGUACAGGGUCCUGGCAGAACUCAAGAAGAAGAAGAAAAAAAAGAGGUACCUGGCAGCAAGGAGAAGAGACGCGAGGGCUGAAGAGAUCGCAAGGAGAAAGAGACGCGAGGCUGAAGAGAUCGCAAGGAGCAGCAACGCGACUGAAAGUUUGAAAAUAGAAAAAAAAACCCUAAUUUUGACUAAUAUUAUUAAGUUAAAUCUUUUUAAAAAUUAAAAAAUCAAAAUGGCGCCGCCAUUUACGUCGCCUUUUUGAUAUCGCCGCGCCUCAGUGUAGAAUGGCGAGAAUGCCUCGCCUCGCCUCGCCAUAUCGCCUUUGGCGAAUGGCGCUCGCCGUUCAUAACACUGGUUGGUUAUUUUAAUUUGGGAUGUGGAUGUAUUGGAUUUGGCAAACCACUUGGAGGCCGUUUGGUAGUGUGUAUAAGGAUAGUGUCGAAUAUGGUGUAAUAGUAAUGCUGGCAUUAGUAAUGCUUGUAUUAGUUAUACUAAGAUUAUUUCUUGUGCAGUGUAUUAAUAAUAACAUGCAUUGCAUAAUUUCCAUAAAAAAUAUUUGCUUACAAAAAUACCCUCCACAAAUAUAGUGAAAAGUAUGUGGAAAAGGUUUUGAGGGUUAUUGUGUCUUUAUCAUGCUAAUGCAUGGCACUCAAGGAUGUGGCCUAGUGGUUAAUGAAGUGGUUGAGAACCCUAAGAUCUUAGGUUCAAAACUCUUCCAUCUGUCCUAGCCUUGGUGGAUAGAGUUACCUGGUGAUGUCUGGUACCUGUUGCUGGUGAGAGGUAGUAUGUAUCCAUGGAACUAGUUAAGGUGCGCGAAAGCUGGUCUAGACACCACAGUCAUCAAAAAAAAAAAAUCAUGCUAGUGCAUGCAUUAAAAUCCUUUGCAUUAUUAAUACCAUCGAUUUCCAAGUAUUAGUUAUACAUACCUUGAUACUAAAUAGAGUGUAUUAGUUAUACAUACCUUAAUACUAAAUAGAGUGUAUUAGUUAUACAUAGGUUUAAAAAGUCUACAAAACAAGAUACUAGUAAUACAUAAAGCUAAUGCAUGCAUUAUUUUUCAGAUUCACUCUACCAAACGACCCCUUUUAAGUCUUAACCCAAUAUGUUAUGUUGAAUGAAAAAUUGACUUGCAAUAAAAUUCGGUUUUUCAGUUAACCGAAUUAAAAUUUUCAAAAACCAAAAACCGAUCAAACCAAAAAACUGAAACGGAAAUUAAAAAAUGUUCAGUUCAGUCGGUUUUUUCAGUUUGAACCAAAAUAUGCCCAGUCCUGGUUAAGCAUGCAGUAGUGAUGAUUCUGAACGAUCUCUAUUGGUUCAACGCUCCAAUUCUUUGGGCAUAGUCAACCUGCUGAUUGAAUCAAACCGUAGAUACAAUGUUUUUUCCCAAGAUAGAUUGGAAGGGCACAACCAAGAGCGGGCACUCCCUCGUUCAUAGUGGUUACAUACAGAUUCAAUUGGAAUAAGUAAAACACUAACACCUUAUACCACAAAGGAAUCAAGAAAUUAAAUGAAUAACAUAGAUUUGGCUUAAACCCUAGAUAGGUGUUUAGCUGUUCAUGCUAAAGAUCGACACAAACGAAUAAACAAUAAGAGCUCAUCAUAUUAAUCAUGAGAAGAAAAGAAGGAGUUUGAAAGCAAACACAAGAUUGGAUUCCUCCAGACCUGUGUUGCUUCUCUACAAUAUUCUCUCAGUGUUGUUCUCUUGUGUUUUUAAGCAAAAGAUACUAAAAAUAACCUAAAUAUUUAUACAAUUGGAUAAGACUUAGAAUUUCCGGGCAAAAACACCCUGGCUGUCCACCUUUGCGAGAUUGCAUAGAUGUGUGCGGCUCGCACAGGUCCUCUAUGUGGGACGCAGACAACUUCACACAGCUUCACUCAGACUUGACAAUUUUCAGGACUUUUUCUUUAGUGUUUUCAGUGGUGUUGCAUAAGUCUCUGUUGGAUGCACAGAUGGGACCUCUGUUGGCUGCAUAGAUCUACGAGACACCACAUACUUCACAAUUUUCAAUCUUGAUUCCAAUUUCGUCAUUCCAUCUUUUUUUCAUCCUUUUUAGCCUUGACAGCAUCUCUGUCUGCUGAAACAUAGAUUUGUUUGAACAUGACAAAUUCCGUGUGCUUGAGCAUAAAUAUAUACUAAAAGAAGUACAAAAGUGUAAGUAAUUGACGCUGAAUAAGUGGUAAAAUCACCACUUAUCAGAGGCAAUGAUCUAAAGUUUCAUCUCUAGUUUGAAAAUGAACUCUAAACAUGAUAUAAGUGCUCCUUAGUCAGUUAUCAUAUCGGGACGAGCUCUAUGUCUGCUGCGUCAUUGAUGUACCAAAAUUAUAGUUUUAUACUUGAACUGGUAUAUUUCAACUUUCAAGUCUUGAGUUCCUUAUUAAUU